AUGGACGCCGUGACAUUUCCUAGGAGGUUGUUCACAGAAGGAGAAGAACCGGAUUAUGAUCGCAGUGUUGUCUACUAUAGCAAGAACACUGCACUGUGGUCUCAAAUGCACACCACACUUGAAGAUGAAUGGGAUGAGCUUGAGAAUUCUAAGCUGGGACCCCUCUUCAGGUUCACGAAGCUCGAGUUUAAUUGGGCAUCGAAGGUGGCACAGACUAUGCUCACUAUGCAAGUAGCAUGCAAGAAGAAGUAUGAGAUAUGGAGUGCCGUGGGUGUACAGCCAGUGCGAUUUUCUCUGAACGAGUUUGAACACAUCACCGGGCUUAACUGCGAGUAUAAAGAAGCGCUGACGAAGCCAGAGACUGUUAACACAGACGAGAUGAAAGACUUCUGGCGGAAGCUUGGUGUGAAUGAGAAGCUUGGUCCGAGCGUUGACGAACUCUUAGCAGCGUGCCAGUGGGCCGGAGAGUGGAGCAGAGAGGAUAGGCUGAGACUUGGUUUUUUGGCCGUAUACGCUGGCUUCAUUGAUGCUCGCAAAAGUUCCACUCAUACACGAGUAGCACUGGCUAGUCAAGUUAUGGACUUGGAGAAGUUUGAAAACUAUCCCUGGGGGCGAGUAGCUUUCAAGACCCUCAUCAAGUCCAUAAAGAAAGCAGACGUGUCCAAGCCAUUCAGCCUCGAAGGCUUUGCUGAAGUCGUGCAAGUGUGGGCGUACUAUGCUAUGCCGAGGUUCGGAGAAGAAAACGGUGAUCCGAGGCCAAAUAAUCCUGAGCCACCGCUGCUAGCAUUCAAUGGAAUCAGAGGGAAGAGAUAUGUUAUCGGAACCAUGAAGAAGCAGGUGCUUUUCAAUCACAUGGUAAUGGUGGACAAGGCAGACGUGUACCCACGUUGGGACAAGGAAAUAGAUGACGAGAAGGUGGACAACAUCAUCAAGGCCUUGCUUGGGGAAUUUGGUGGAGGAUGGGUGUGGAAACCAGCUGACUGGGUUAGAGAAGGGAUAUCGGUGGUUAAGAAGGUGAAGUUUGAGAAGUCUGUGAAGUCAGAGAAGUCUCAUGGCAAGAGGAGUCUCUCUGAUGAGGCUGAUGAUGAUGAAGCGAUAAGUGUCAAAAGAGCUCGGACCUCAGAUGGUUCACCUGCGGAGGCCUCUGGUGCUGGCUGGAAAGGUCUUGAGGCGAAGAUUGAGGAGCUUUUUAAAGACUUCACCAAAAAACACUUCGAGGAGAUGAGUAAGACCCAGGAAAAGAUUCAGGUCCUCACCGCUCAAGUCGCUGUGGUAGGGAGGAUUGUCAAGAAGCUUUCGCAUCCUCAGGCUCAGGAUUCUGUGAAGUCCAGUGAGGAUACUGCGAAGUCCAAUGAGGAUUCUGCGAAGGCCAAUGAAGAGCUGGAGAAGAAGAAUGAGGAGCUGGAGAAGAAGAAUGAGGAGAAGUCCGAUGAGGAGCCGGAUAAGUCCGAUGCCGGUGAAGGGAAGACGGCUCCGCCUGGUGGAACGGAAGAUACGGAUUGCACUUGGCUCCGGACACAUAUUCCAACUGAUUCUGAGGAAGCCGAAGAGAAAAGGCAACAGGAAGAGCAUAUCAAGGCGGCUAAUGUUAUGGCAAGAGGGAAAAGUGAGAGAGUAAGGAAGCUGGCGUUUACUCAGAAAGGUGAGUUCCAAGGAAACAGCACCGCUAGAAGGAUCAUCCUAAACAACCCCCCGGAGAUACCCAAUUCCCCACCGAAAUCACUUAAGAUCAUCUCUAAACCGAGGAAAGCAGCUAUUACGAAGAAAGCAGCUAAUCCGAAGAAAGCAGAUCCGAAGAAAUCACCUCCUCCGAAGAAAGCAGCUAAUCCGAAGAAAGCACCUCCUAAGAAAGCACCUGAACCUAAGAAAGCACCUGAACCUAAGAAAGCAACCGGUGGCAAUGAACCUCUAGGGUAUAAUCCAUUUGCUCGACCUCUCGAGGAAAGGAUAACACCAAUGCGGGCAUUCGUCUCCGGAUUACCGGGUUAUUCUGCAGCUACAGCGCUGGAGCCGGACAAGUUCGAUUACCCGGAAUGGCACUGGUGGUUUACUUUACUCACGGGGUUUCAAUGGCUAUCGGAUAGCGUACGUUCUAUUGUUAGACUUCCAUAUGAAGUCCUGGGCCACCAUGAUGACUCACCGCCUAGCAACGCGACCAGAGUUGUUUAA